AUGUACGAUCACACCCGUGCGAUAGAAUGUGGUAAAAAACUUCACGUGACGCUACACAAUAGUGGCCAAAAAGAACAAGAAGGGAUAAUAUUACUUAAACUAGGGAGCAUCUACCGUCAAAGAAGCGAAUACGAGGAAGAAAAACAGUUUAUCGAGAAAGCACUCAGUAUGAUGAUUGAGACUGGUAACAAUCGGGGAGUUGGAAUAUGUUACGAAAUUCUAGGAACUGUUUUUCUAUCUGUUGAUCAAUAUACCAAGGCUGAAGAAUACCUUCAGAAAGCACUAGUGAUCGCGAAAGAAAUCGAUAACAAACAAGGAGAAGCAUCUGCUUACGGCAAGCUAGGAGUUAUGUUCCAAUCUGUUGGUCAAUAUACCACGGCUGAAAAAUGCCUUCAGAAAGCACUAGUGAUCAGCAAAGAAAUCGGCGACAAAGAAGGACAAGCAGUAGCUUACGGAAAUCUAGGAACUGUGUUCCAAUCUGAUGGUCAAUAUACCAAGGCUGAAGAAUACCUUCAAAAAGCACUAGUGAUCAGCAAAGAAAUCGGUGACAAAGAAGGACAAGCAUCAGCUUACGGAAAUCUAGGAACUGUGUUCCAGUCUGUUGGUCAAUAUACCAAGGCGGAAGAAUACCUUCAAAAAGCAUUAGCGACCAGCAAAGAAAUCGGUGACAAAAAAGGAAAAGCAUCAAAUUACGGAAAUCUAGGAAAUGUGUUUAAAUCUGUUGGUCAAUAUACCAAGGCUGAAGAAUACCUUCAGAAAUCACUAGUGAUCAGCAAAGAAAUCGGUGACAAACACGGAGAGGCAUCUGCUUACGGAAGUCUAGGAACUGUGUUCCAAUAUGUUGGUCAAUAUACCAAGGCUGAAAAAUACCUUAAAAAAGCUCUAGUGAUCAGCAAAGAAAUCGGUGACAAACAUGGAGAAGCAUAUGCUUACGGAAAUCUAGGAACUGUGUUUAAAUCUGUUGGUCAAUAUGCAAAUGCUGAAGAAUACGUUCACAAAGCUCUCGUGAUCAGGAAAGAAAUCGGUGACAAACACGGAGAAGCAUCAGAUUACGGAAAUCUAGGAACUGUGUUGCAAUCUAUAGGUCAAUAUACCAAGGCUGAAGAAUACGUUCAAAAAGCGCUGGUGAUCAAGAAAGAAAUCGGUGACAAAAAAGGGGAAGCAGCAGGUUACGGAAAUUUAGGAACUGUGUUUGAAUCUGUUGGUCAAUAUACCAAGGCGGAAGAAUACCUUCAGAAAGCACUAGUGAUCAGCAAAGAAAUCGGUGACCAACACGGAGAGGCAUCAGAUUACGGAAAUCUAGGAACUCUGUUUAAAUCUGUUGGUCAAUAUACCAAGGCUGAAGAAUACCUUCAGAAAUCACUAGUGAUCAGGAAAGAAAUCGGUGACAAACACGGAGAAGCAUCUGAUUACGGAAAUCUAGGAACUGUGUUUAAAUCUGUUGGUCAAUAUACCAAGGCUGAAGAAUACCUUCAGAAAGCACUAGUGAUCAGCAAAGAAAUCGGUGACAAACACGGAGAGGCAUCAAAUUACGGAAAUCUAGGAACUGUGUUUAAAUCUGUUGGUCAAUAUACCAAGGCGGAAGAAUACCUUCAGAAAGCACUAGUGAUAAGCAAAGAAAUCGGUGACAAACACGGAGAGGCAUCAAAUUACGGAAUUUUAGGAACUGUGUUUGAAUCUGUUGGUCAAUAUACCAAGGCUGAAGAAUACCUUCAGAAAGCACUAGUGAUCAGCAAAGAAAUAGGUGACAAAAAAGGAGAAGCAUCAGAUUACGGAUUUCUGGGAACUGUCUUCCGAUCUGUUGGUCAAUAUAACAAGGCGGAAGAAUACCUUCAUAAAGCACUAGUGAUCAGCAAAGAAAUAGGUGACAAAAAAGGAGAAGCAUCAGCUUACGGAAAUCUAGGAACUGUGUUCCAAUCUGUUGGUCAAUAUAACAAGGCGGAAGAAUACCUUCAUAAAGCACUAGUGAUCAGCAAAGAAAUAGGUGACAAAAAAGGAGAAGCAUCAGCUUACGGAAAUCUAGGAACUGUGUUCCAAUCUGUUGGUCAAUAUACCAAGGCUGAAGAAUACCUUCAAAAGGGACUGACGAUCUAUGAAGAAAUCGGAGACAAAGGUGGUGUUGGAGCUUCAUACUUAAAUCUGGGAAACCUUUGUCGAGAAUUUCAGCUUAAUGCGAAGAGUCAAGAAUUUGCUAAUAAAGCCCUUGAGAUAAGUUACGAAAUACGGGACAUUGAAUUGCAGUUUUUCAGCCACCUUACCAUUGCUCUGAACGAGUUAGUGGCAGUAGGAAGCAUAACUGAACUUGUGCUGCGAAAUCUCUAUGAAAGCAUUCAAAAGUGCGAAGAAAUGCAUGAUUAUUUCAGAGUGAAAGAUCAAUUCAAAAUUUCUUUUUUUGAUGGGCAUGUCUCCCCUUACCUUCUUCUUUGUAGGUUGUUGAUUGCUAGAGGCCGUUAUUGUGAAGCUCUUCACGUUGCCGAGCUUGGACGGUCCAGAGCGCUUGCAGACAUACUGUCAGAUAAGUACUCUGUGAAAAAAGAAGUGUCGGUGAACCCACAGUCAUGGGUUGGUGUUGAGAAUAUCAUGAGCAAAAAUGCCCUUAGUUCCUAUUUAUACGUAUCCUGUUUCCAUUCAAAUAUGCGUUUUUGGAUCCUUAAGCCGAACAAAACCAUAUUUUUUCGACAAACGAAACUCAAAGAAAGUGCAGCUAAAGUGUUUGAAAAUCAAAGAUUCGGUGGCCCUCAAAAUUUACGUCAAGAACAUUGCGAAGAUCGAUCAUUGUUUUCUUCAUAUUUAAGUUCCCUGCCAUGCAAACCAUCUCAGGAUGACACCUUUGCAACAUUACGCCUUAUAGAAGAAGAGGAACACGAAACGCACGACUCUGAGGCGCUCACCCUUGCUGAUGGCUACAACAUCAUCGUCUCUCCUGUAGUUGACUUACUACAAGAAUCAGAAAUCAUUAUCAUACCGGAUCCACUGUUGUACCCAAUUCCCUUUCCAGCUUUGAAGAAUGACAAUGGACAAUAUUUAUCGGAUACUUUCAGGAUUCGUAUUGUACCUUCUUUGACGACUCUAAGGUUGAUUCAGCAGAGUCCAGAAGACUACCAUAGUAAAACCGGUGCAAUAGUCAUAGGAGAGCCAGAGGUCAGUGAUGUAUACUACCAGGGAAAACUUCUAAAAUUAUGUCCCUUGCCUGGGGCAAGAAUGGAGGCAGAGAUGAUUGGGCGAUUGCUAGGUGUUGAGCCAUUAUUGGGAAAAGAUGCUACUAAGCAAGCAGUCCUGGAAAGAAUGCAUUCCGUAAGUCUCAUUCACUUUGCUGCUCAUGGUUAUGAGGAACGUGGAGAAAUUGCUCUUUCCCCCAUAAGCGCGUGCGGAACUCCGCACGAAGUGGAUUACUUAUUGACGAUGGCUGAAAUUUCACAAGUUCGACUGACUGCCAAGCUGGUUGUCCUUAGCUGUUGUCAUAGUGCUAGUGGCCAAGUGAGAGCUGAGGGAGUUGUUGGAAUCGCUCGAGCAUUUCUAGCGUCGGGUGCACGCGCCGUGCUGGCGGCACUGUGGGCUGUAGAAGACAAAGCUACCAAGCAGUUUAUGAGUCAUUUUUACGAGCACCUUGUUCGUGGUGAAAGUGCAAGUGAAUCUCUUCACCAGGCCAUGAAACGGAUGAGAGAAAAUCGCUUCUCUGACGUUGAGCAGUGGGCGCCGUUUAUGCUGAUUGGAGAUGAUGUGACAUUCAAAGGUUAGUAUUUGACACCAUUUUUGGAUAUCGUUAAGUUUUGCGCAUUUUGAAUUAAAAUAUGUACAAUUUAUGUUUGUGACAACGCAUUCUUAUGUACAUUUGUGUUGCAGGAGACAUUUUCUUGUUACUCCCAUUAUCUGCUGUGUUAUCCUUCUCUGUACAGGGAAUAGAGGAGAACGAAUCUCCAGUUCAUUUUAUUUUCGUGAAUAUUUCGUAAAGUAUGCUCUAAAUUCCACCACUGAAAAGAAACGUCAGAGGCAAAAAUACUUUUCUUGUGGUGAUUAUUUGAUAAAGAAAAACAAUGCACUCAGUUUAAUUUAGAUUCAUCCUCGGGAACCCAGAGCAAGCUCAGAGCGACACGAUAAUUACUGGCGAACUCAAUAGAGUGUAGAAGUAGAGUGGAAGAUCUCUGAGCACGUAUUCUGGCCCAAACAGUUCCAGAAGCAUUUGGUUUCGUAACCUCUCUGGUAAAUGUGCAAAGGUCAACUCCCUUCUCAUCGCUUUCUUUUUUACUGACCAUUUUAUCGAUAGCCCUGAGAUCUCAGCUUUGGCUUGAGGUCUUUGCGUAGAGCUGAAUAUUGUAGCGGUAGCAAUGGGCUAUUAGCGAUAGCCAGCGAUAGCGACUGGUAUUUUAACGAUACCCCUGACAUCUUCACGGUAGCCCCGAGAUUUUAGCGUUAAAAAUUAUGACGUACGUUUUUUGAUAGUUCUAAGAUUUUAGCGAUAGCAGUUCGAUAUUUAGUGAUAGCGCUGUAAUUUUAACGGGAACAAUUUGGAAGUUGUAUAUAUGUCAUUCGAUUACACGAUCACACAAAAGCACCCAGCAUGAUUGGCCUUUCCUUUUACUUUUUGUUGCAGGUGUUUUUGGAAGAACAGUCUGA